GGAACACGUAAACACGCCCCGUAACAGUAGUAUAAAUGUACAAAUCAAAUUUAAAAAUUUGUGCUAACUUGAGAAUUUUUUGACUGAUUUACUGUGUACGUGAUAUUUUAAAGACGGAUUAACAAAAAUGCCCACGACUUACAAAAGGAAAAAUGAAGAGACAGCUAAAUGGAGUGCCGGUUCUUUAAGAAACGCAAUUGAAUGUGUACAAAAUCGUACAAUGGGUGUAAAUGAAGCCGCCAGACAAUUUGGAAUACCUAAAACAACGCUAAAAGAUAGGAUUAAGAAGGGGGACGCAAUAAAACAACAUAGGUUAGGUCUGUCAUCAGCGUUGGGAGAAGAUGCAGAACUAAAAUUGGUGCGACACAUAAAAAAUUGCAAACAUUUGGAUUUGCACCAGAUCGGGAGUCCGUCAGAAUAUGGGCUUUUCAACUUGUAGAAAAAUUAAAACUGAAGCACACAUUUAAUAAAGAAAGAGGCAAGGCCGGUUAUGAUUGGCUUAACUCGUUUUUACGUCGAUAUCCUGAUAUAUCGAUUAGAAAAGCCGAAGGAAUUUCUAUUAACAGAGCGACUGAAAUGAACCGUCUGUUUGUGAAACACUAUUUUACCCUUUUAGAAAAUGUUCUCACUGUUCCCAAAACUAACGCAAAAGCAGUGGUCAAAACACGAGGUAGGCAGCUUGCAACUAUUUUAAACAGUUCACAACGAAUUGAGAUUCAGAAGGAUAAAAAGAAAACAAAGAAAAAAACAAAUGCCCAAUUCAGAAAAAAAACUGUGGUUAAACAGAAAAAAAACAUUAGAAGAUUCAGAUUCGGUGAGCGAAAGUCCAGUAUUGCAGGAAAGUGAUACAUCAGCAGAUGAAUGGGACGAAAACGAAUACGUAGGAUGUGGGGAAAAUUAUUUUAAAACCACUAAGAAUGACGAAUGGCUCAAAUGUGUGAACUGUAGUCGUUGGUUUCAUAAUGGAUGCUCAAAAAUCGAGAAUAUUUGCGAUAUAUGCGGAAAAUUUAACAAGAGAAGUCGAAAAAAUUAAAUGUAUUUAUACGAUUUAAUUCUACCCUUAUUAUUAUACUGUUCAAACAUGUUUUAUUAUUCUAUGUUUUCUUAUUUUUCGAAGUCGAUCUCACCCGUAGUUGGUGGUCGGUCUAACCCGGACAUCCGGGUGAGAUCGACCAGUUACA